AAGCUUGAAGUUAGAAGUUAGAACGCACGCGUUCAUAGACUUCGCGUCUACCGAACAUCAUCAUGAAUUGCUCUCGAACGCUGCGUAUACCGUUGUGGCCCACUCAUAUCUCACCUUCGAGGAAUGCUUUGUCUCGUGGACUUGUCCGUCAUAACUCGACAGUAUCAGAGCAGGCCAAGCAGAACCUGAGUUGGCCAGAGUACCUUGCGAUUCGGAAAAGCAAGCGGAGAUGGGAGACGGCCGCUACCAUUCCAUGCGUAUUCCUUGGAUUCGGGGGUGGCGUGCUGUACUUCGGGAAUUUGGAGACGGACGCUUCUAAACUCAUUAUGGGCAUUGACCCGUUCUUCUUCUACGGGUUUGCAACUCUUGGCUGCGCCGGCUUUGGCUACCUGAUUGGUCCAACUAUCGGCUCGGCGUUCUGGAGAAUGACGCACCGCCGGACUAUGGCAUUAAUCGAGGCCCGUGAUCGGGAAUUCCACAAGCACAUAGUCAAGAACAGAGUAGAUCCGACUGCUCAAACCGCUACCAAUCCCGUCCCAGAUUUCUAUGGUGAGAAGAUUGGUUCGUUGCACGAAUACCGCCAGUGGUUGAGGGACCAAGCGAAAUACAAGCGUAAAUCGGAGUGGCCAGAAGAACUAUAACAGCAUCAACAUGAGGGAACUGGCCCUUAUGGGCGUGCGUAUCGAGUCUUGACAUUUAGACAUCCCACCUGUUACCAGAAAAUGUGUCAUUGCAACUUCUCUGUCGAGGACACUAGUAUGUAGCACAAUUGCUAUGCUACAUCAGGGGAUAUAUGUGAUAAUCGAGCAGGCAAUGUUACACGAUGAUGUGGAGUCCGUGGCAAUGAUGAUUUGAAGGCGCCAGGUCUGACUAGCAGAUGGGGAGUGCAAGGUACGAAGUGGGCAUCGUGCAAGCACGCAUAUGCCUCCUCGUGUUCGAAAGUAUCGCAAAGCUGUGUAUCCGUGGUUGCGGGUUGCGCAGUGCGGACGGCAUAGAUA